UUUAAACUGUGUGUAUAACGCGUCAUUUAUUGCGUCUCGAAAAUAAAUUGUACAAAUUAGAUUAGAUUUUGUUGUAUACCAUUUUUAUAAAAUCAAAGACUUAAACGCUUUGUCAUUUAGAAAAUAAAUUUCGCCAUCGUGUGAGUUUAGUUUACGGGUUUAUUUCUUAUCGGUCAAAAUAUGAAAAUCGACUUAUAAAAUCGGUAUAAAUCUUUUAUUUUCUUAACGUGCUUAUUCCAAUCUUCUGAAGAAUACAACAAAAACUCGUGUGGAAAAUAAUAAACAUAUUUGUAUUUACCAAUGAAAUCAUUACUUGAAUUUUCACUUAACUAAUGAGUCAUUAAAUUAAAAAAAAGUACCUCAUUUGACAUAGCACAGCUGACAAAUCAGUUGUGUUUAUAAGGCGCUACCGGUUACACGUUAGUAUUACGUCAUUAGUGAAUUCACAACGUGAACGUCAGCUGAUUUCAUUCAGUUUCUAAUUGAAUGAAAAGUUAUUGAAAUGAAAAUAAUAUUAUUGUGUUUACUGCUAUUUAUGUUUGGUACUGCGUCUGGUUGGGGGCCGGGUGACUUCGAAAAAUACGGCCCGAUGUACAUGUCGCUACGAUAUGUUAAAUGCGACCACAGCAGAGACUUGCAACUAGACGUGAGUCUCAUUGACGUGUACUUUUACGAUUUCUCCAAGAACUUCACGGGAGCAUACGGCAUCAAAGACGCCGCGAAGCAAAUCCUCUCGAUUCCAAAACUCGACAAAAAUAGAAAAUUCAUCAUCUUCAACCCUGGAUUCCGUUCCGAAAUCACAAAAAAGACUGAAGAAAAGAUAAGAGAUACGUUCCGAAAUUAUCCUAACAGCUAUUUGAUUAUAUUCGACCAUUCAGAAUACACUAAUGACAAACAAGGAAGUAAAAAGAAGAGUUAUGAAAGAUCAGUCAGACACGUUUACUAUAUCGGUAAAGAAAUUGGUAUAAUGCUUUCAGAUUUGAAGAGAGGUGGAAUUUCUCCAAAACAAAUGCACUGCAUUGGACACAGUUUAGGCAGUCAAAUGUUAGCGCAUACUGGAGAAACAUUCAUUAAUAUAACUGGUGAAAAGAUUGUUAGAAUAACAGCAUUAGACCCAGCCGGUCCCUGCUUCUCCAACAGCUUGAUUCAAGAACAGAUAAGAUCAGGAGUGGCAGAAUACGUAGAAGUUUAUCACUGCAACGCUGGUAUGUUAGGUACUACAAGUGUGUUGGGCGAUAUAGACUUCUUUAUCAAUAAAAAUGGCGCUGUUCAGCCUAACUGUCGUACUCCUUACAUACCUGGCGUGUUUGAUUCUACAAAAGCUGCUAGAUGUAAUCAUAAAACUUGUAUAAAUGUCUACACAGCUACCGUAGAUCAUCCCGAAAUGUUUUUAGCUCAUAACUGUGAUACUUACAAGGAGUAUAAGAACGGGGCCUGUUCUAGAAAUAAUGUGACCAUUGCCGGCUUUUGGAAUCCUGGUAACGCUACUGGUGUUUACUAUUUUUCAACUAAAGAUUUUGAUGUUUAAGCACCCGGCACAGAGUAUACAAUAGAACGUCAGAAACAAAUUUGUGAGUGGACAUUGCCAUUUCUGAGAUUACAUUAUACCUGUGAUUUUAGACUAGUUUUUUUAUAAAUUAAUUUUAGUUCUGUGUAGCGAAAAACUAAGAAUACAGAGACAAUGUAAAAUAUACACUUCGAAGGUUUUGUUUAUACGAAUUCCAAUAACUGUUAUGUUUAUUAGUUACAAGUAAAAACUCAAAUAUUUUCUCUAUAAUAUAAAUGAUCUG